CCAGCAAUGUCGGAGAAAAACUUAAAAGUGGGAGCUCGCAUUGAGCUGACGGGCAAAGAUCUACAGGGCACCAUAGCUUUUGUGGGCAUGACUAGUUUUGCUGUGGGCAAGUGGGUAGGUGUUGUUCUGGACGAACCAAAGGGUAAAAACAAUGGUUCCAUCAAGGGCACCACAUAUUUCGAGUGUUCCGAUAACUAUGGCAUGUUUGUCAGGCCCACACAAUUGAAAGUGAUACAACCGGCUCCGGAUACAUCGAAUCGCAAAUCGACCGAGGAUGUAUCAGCGGCCGAUGGCCUUAAACAUACCGCACCUCAACCCACUAAAACCCGGCUAAGUAUGUCUCGUCCAUCGUUGACGGGCAGUCGUCUGUCGUUGAGUGGUUCCCGUUCCCAGUUGACGGAGCGCAGUGGUAGCACGGCCAGUACAACCAGCCGCAAAAGUUUGGCACCACCCACAGCGACCACAGGCCUUUCCAAGGAAGCAUCAACCUCCAAUUUGUCUUUGACAAAUGUGGGCACCGGUGGUGAUGUAACACCCAAUAAUGGUGGCAAAAAGAACUCCUUCGUGGAAACCGGUUUUGUGGAGAUACUCAAACCCCAAUUCAAUGCCUCCCAGCCGAUGCGUUCUCCAUCCUUUACCUCACCACCGAAUCAAAUGAAUACGGCAGAGGAUAAAUCCAAUCUCAAUGAACAAAAGAAACUCAACGAAGAGCUGCAAGCCCAGGUGGCGGAUCUUACCGAAAAACUGGAAACCCUCAAACAAAGACGUAACGAGGACAAGGAACGUUUACGUGAUUUCGAUAAAAUGAAAAUACAAUUCGAACAGCUACAAGAGUUUCGUACCAAAAUUAUGGCUGCCCAGGCUUCGUUGCAAAAAGAGUUGCAACGUGCCAAACAAGAGACUAAGGAUGCCAUAGAGGCCAAAGAACGCCACGCCCAAGAAAUGGCAGAACUGGCAGAUAAUGUUGAACUCAUUACAUUGGACAAAGAAAUGGCAGAGGAAAAGGCCGAUACAUUACAAUUGGAAUUAGAUUCUGCCAAGGAGCGUAUCGAAGAGCUACAAGUCGAUUUGGAGCUAUUGCGUUCCGAGAUGCAAAACAAAGCAGAGACUUCGUUUGGUUCUGUGGGCGAGGGUGGUCCAUCCGUGUAUGAAUUCAAACAAAUGGAACAGCAAAAUUUACGUCUCAAAGAAACAUUGGUGCGCCUGAGAGAUUUGUCAGCCCACGAUAAACAUGAUAUACAAAAGCUCACCAAGGAGUUGGAAAUGAAAAAAUCCGAGGUUGCUGAGCUGGAGAGGACCAAGGAGAAGCUGUCGGCAAAAAUUGAUGAAUUGGAAGCAACUGUGGCUGAUUUGCAGGAACAAGUUGAUGCCGCUCUGGGAGCCGAAAGCAUGGUUGAACAGUUGACGGAUAAAAAAUUCGAAUUAGAAGAUCGUGUAAAGCUCUUGGAAGAAGAAGUGGCCCAGCUGGAAGCCUUAGAAGAAGUCCAUGAACAGUUGAUCGAAAGUAAUCAUGAUUUAGAAAUGGAUUUACGUGAAGAGCUGGAUAUGGCACAGGCUGCCAAAAAGGAAGUACUCCGUGAAAGAGAUGCUGCCAUUGAAACCAUAUAUGAUCGUGAUCAAACCAUUACCAAAUUCCGUGAAUUGGUACAAAAGCUGAAUGACCAAUUGAUUGAUUUGCGCGAUAAGGCAUCGGCAAAUAAUGAUCAAAAAUCACUGCAAGAUAAUCAAUUGAAGAUUGCCACAGAAUCGGUGGACUACAAACAAAUGUUUGCCGAAUCAAAGGCAUACACUCGGGCCAUUGAUGUUCAACUUCGACAAAUUGAAUUGUCACAGGCCAAUGAACAUGUCCAAAUGCUUACGGCCUUUAUGCCCGAAUCGUUUAUGAGUCGUGGUGGUGAUCAUGAUUCGAUAUUGGUUAUUUUGUUGAUAUCACGUUUGGUCUUCAAAUGUGGCAUUGUCAUUAGCCAGACACGAGAACGCUUCCCAGCUGUGGACAAUGUCACCAAGGAGUCGUUGACGCAAGGCCAUAGCGUUCAACAAUUUGCCUUUAAGUGUCGUCUAAUGCAUUACAUACACAAUUUACAAUGUGCUUUGCAUCAGAUUCUCUAUGGUUUGAAUAGCUGUCAACCGGAUACAUUAUUGCGUGCCGGUUCCUCUUUACCCGAAAUGAUUGCCCAAGAGAAAACAAUUGAUGGCAUUAUUGAAUUGUUGAAAUCCAAUCAAUUGGAUGAAAAUUCGACCACAGAUAAUAUUGAAAAGUGUGUGGCCUUCUUUAAUGCCAUGAAUUCGGUGCUAUUGGCCGGCGAAGAUCUGCUGAAUGAGGCCCAAAUGGUAAGGGAUAGUGUUGCUGCCAUUCAAUCGGCCUGUGAAAGUGUACUCACCGAUACCGGUAUUGCCAAGGUUAUUUUGCGCCAGGAAGGUUCGACCAGUGAUGCCGCUUUGCUGCUGCAAUUCUUGGGCGAUAACAUUGAGUCCAUUAAGCAACAGGUUAAACUGAUCAAGAGACGUUUGCCACAAGAUUUACAUGUUGUGAAGUGUGGUAUCUCUCAAACCAAGUUGGAAUUUAUGCGCCAGUUAACACAUGCCCUGUCACGCAUUAUGUCCGCCCUGCACAUGGCCAACAAACAAUCGCUAGCCAGUAUUGUGGCCACAAUUGAGGGCGACAGCGAUAGCGACCAAUGCAUUGAUCCCGUUAAAUAUUGGGAAUUCCUUUCCCAGGCCUGUGAAAAGAUCUAUGAACAGGAUGAUCGUGGUCCAUCACAGAAUUUCAAGAAUAUUUUAAGCCAGGCUAACAGUGAUCUGCAAUCGAUUGCCCAAUACUUGCUGGACAAGGAAUAUGAAAUCAUGUCCAUGGCUAACCAGAAGCAGGAGAAACCCACCUCACCCAUCAUACUGAGGGCUCAAAUGAUCAAGAAGCAGCUGGAGCAAAAGAAUGUCUUGGCUGCCACAUUGGAAAAUCGCGAGGCUGAUAUAAAACAAUUGAAAUUGGCGGCCAAGAUGAAACAGAACGAAUUGUCGGAAAUGCAGAUACGCAAAGACCUGGCAGAAAAGAAAUUGUCCGUGCUACAGGCUGAUUACGAUUCGGCCAUGCAAUGGAAAUCGAAAUACGAAGAAACGGUGGAUUUGCUGAAACGCAAGGAGAAGGAAUUCGAGGAAACGCUGGAUCACCUGCAAACCGAUAUCGACACUCUGGAGAAUGAGAAACGUGAAAUCAAGGAAAAGAUUAAACGGCAAAUACCCGACAAUACAUCACAGUUAUCCACCACUUUGCCUUCGGGUCACUCCACAAAUACUUCCUUCUCAUCGCACACCACGGGAGCCACACCUCUCAUUGCCGAGGAGUUGCAAUUGUUGAAACAUGUCUUUAACAGUGAGCGUAGUGAACGUCUUCGUCUACAGGCCGAACAGAUUAAGAGUAAACUCAAGAAAUUCGAUCCCAUUUUCGUGCCACAGCCCAAGGAUAAACGUAUCAUUGAAUUGGAGGCUGAGCUAACCAAAAUGAAACAUGCCUGGGCGUUAUCACUACUGCAGACAAGUCCCAAGGCCACAAAGGACAGUCACAAUUUGGUUGCCAUGCAACGUAAACAUAUGCCCAUACCGGAAAAAUCGGAAAUUUCAAAUAAGGCCACACAUUUGGCAGCGGAAAUUUUGCAAGAAUAUUUGCAACGUCAUCCGCACAGGGCAGCGGCCAGUGAAUUUGGUGUCUUUCCCACGGUAGAAGUUAAGAGGGUAUUGCAAUUGUAAA